AUGCUCAUCCCGACGCUGCUGGUAGGUUUUUGUUCCGGACUGCUGUUCUAUGGAUUGUCACGCCUGCGGUUCAUACGGUUUAUACAAUAUUGCCAUAUCCCCGGGCCAACCCCGUCUCUGAUAUGGGGUCAUCUUAAUCUCAUAGCGAAACUUAUCAGGCCAAACAUCUCGAAGCACUUCCAGUAUGCAGUCCACGAUCUCAUCAAAAGCCAGACGCACGACAGUGGCCUUCUUUUCCUGGAUCUCCGUCCUGCCUUCUACCCCAUGAUUGUCAUUUAUUCCCACGAGCUGGCCGAACAGGUCACCAGGGCUACGCCGCAAUUUAAGAAUAGCCUGCCGAAGGCACCGCUCGAAGAUGUGAUAGGGCAUGUUACAGGGCGUGAUUCAUUCUUGAUGGCAAACGGAGAGCACUGGAAAGAUAUUCGGAAGAGUUUCAACCCAGCCUUUGCCCCGAACCACGUGGCAACUUUUACUCCCCAGAUCGUCGAGAAAGUUAGGCUGUUUCUCAGGGGUCUGGAUGCACACGCAGAAUCAGGGGCAGAUUUCAGCUUGGGGGAGCGGUGUACGCUUCUCACACUCGAUGUGAUCGGGCGCACAAUCCUCGACAUCGAUGUCCACAGCCAAGAUGACGAGUCGGAGCAGCACGAAGUGGUGCGCUGUUUCCGUGAGCUCCUCGCGAACCUGCCAUUUUGGCCGCAGCUGGAAUGGCUGCUCAGUCCUCGAAGAUACCGCCGACGGAUGGAGAUUACUAGGACAAUUGAGACCUCGUUACAAGACAUCAUCAAACACAAAUUUGACGAAUUGCACAGCGAGAACCCCGAGAAAUCCGAUCGGAGUGUAUUGUCCUUGGGCCUUGAGAGCAUUGAAACGUUAACCCCACAGAAGAUGCGGGAAAACAUCGACUCGAUCCGCACUUUUAUCUUUGCCGGCUAUGACACCACCUCUGUUCUGCUCCAAUGGGCCUUUUAUGAACUCUCCAGAACUCCAAGAGCGCUGGCGGCCCUGCGUGUAGAGUUGGAUCGCGUCCUGGGCCCAAACUCCGACCCAGAAGUUACGGCAGAUGCCAUUAUGUCUGGCGAGGGUAAACUGGGCCAACUGCUCUACUUGUCCGCGAUUAUUAAGGAGACCCUUCGAUUGCACCCGCCUGCAGGGACCUCUCGGUUCGUCGCACCGGGAUCCGAUUUCGGAUUACACACUUCUCAGGGGGUUCUGCGGGUCGAUGGGGCGAUCAUUUUCCUUAAUCAUUUCUCGAUCCAACGGGAUCCAGCCGUCUAUGGAGCCUCGGCGGAGGCUUGGGUACCGGAGCGCUGGCUGGAAGCACGGGAGGAACCCAUUCCAGUAAGCGCUUGGCGGCCGUUUGAGCGUGGGCCCCGCAGCUGUAUUGGACAAGAACUUGCAAUGCUGGAAGCGAGAUUGGUGCUGGCGAUGGCGGUGCGCCGCUAUGAUUUUACCAAGGUUGGCUUGGGGGCUCCCAUCUUGCAGGCGGAUGGAUCGCUGAAGCUAGAUAAACAUGGCCAGGCGGAGGCUGGAACGCCUCUUUACGAUACGUUCAACAUGUCUGCCAAACCAGUUGAUGGAACCCAGAUGAAGGUCAAAUUUCGGGAGCCGUGA